AUGUCCAAAGACGAUAAAAAAUCAAUAGACCAAUAUGGCCGACAAACGUGGAAUGUGGAUGUUUAUGCGCAAGAGGCCAACGAUAAGAAGAGGAAAAGUGUCCAUGAUACAACCCCAUUACACUACAUAGUUGAUAAGCAUACAGAUGACUCAAAAACCCAUAUCAAACAGAGAGACGCUCUCCUUGAGGAAUCCCUCAAUGCAGUUCAGAAAUUCAACCUCAUAAAUCCAGACAAAAGCAACACAUCGACAUAUGGAAGCAAGAAAAGAUUUGGGUUUGUUUGUCCUGUUUGUGAUUUGUCAUUUCGUGACAAUUUAUCAUUGAUUGACCAUUUCAACUCCCCGCAACAUGUAGGCAAGGUAUUUCAACAAAACAAGUCUAGUGGCGAGUCAACGCAGACGGAGCUUUUAGAUGGGGGUAUUAGGCGAGCGACCCUCAAGGAGGUGGUUACAGUUAUGGAAAAUUUGGUUGCAAACCGCUUGAAGGAGAAAAGCUUACAAUCUACGGAAGGGCCGUCUUUCGCAGAAAGAGUAGAGAUGAGAAAGAAGUUUGAGGAGGAAAAGAGGAGGAGUAGGUCAGAAAAGCGCAAGCUUCAACGAAAUCGGAAGAAAAGGAAAGUUCAGGACGAACCAGACGACAAUGCAAAUACUGACAUGCAUGAACUAAUGGGAUUCAAAGGAUUUGGCUCAUCGAAGUCACUGAAUAUGCGGUGA